GUCAAACAAAUGGCGGACGGAUCAUUUGACAGAAGAAUUUCAAUGUCGGGUAAUCUAGAACAGGAAUCAGUAGAUAUGUCGGCUCAAAAUGGUAUGCAUAGUGGUUACAAAAUAGAUCAUGGCAGAAGUAGAUACCCUCAUUGUGUUGUAUGGACACCUUUACCGUGUAUUACGUGGUUGUUCCCAUUUAUAGGUCACAUGGGUAUAGCGUCGACAUCCGGUGUUAUCAGAGAUUUUGGGGGACCAUACUACGUAGCAGAAGAUAAUAUGACAUUUGGUGUUCCAACCAGAUAUUGGCAAUUUGACUUGUCGAAAGUAAAAGGUGGGCGGGAAACUUGGGAUAAAUGUGUUUACGAAGCUUCAGAAGAAUAUAAACAAAGAAUGCAUAAUCUUUGUUGUGACAACUGCCAUUCACAUGUUGCCAUGGCGUUGAACUUAAUGAAUUACGAUUCCAGUUCAUCAUGGAAUAUGAUCAAGUUAUGUUUUUUAAUGCUGAUAUAUGGAAAAUUUGUAAGUCCAUGUGGAUUUUUAAAGACUUGGUUCCCGUUUUUGCUGUUGACAAUUAUCGUUAUAUCUGUCGUCCUCGUGCUUCAUCUUUAAAAAAAAAAAAGAAUUAUUGUAAAUUUGUGAUACUGUGAUAACCUUUGAACUCUGAUAAAUAAUCCAGGGAUAUUAAUACUUGCGAUUUCUCAUGGUCGAUAGACCCGAAAGAAAACAAUCCAAAGGAGAUUUUUUUAAAAAAUGGAUUUGAGAUGCUGAGCUGAUAUACAUGUAACAAAUAACAAUGGGAAGAUAUGUUUUUGUAGGUCACCCCUGCUGUCCCAAUCCCUAUCAGCCAUGUUUAAAGAUGUUUUGGUUCUCUUUCAAAAUCACGAAAAUUUGACUUUUUUUUUAGAAAUCAUGCCAGAAAGCUGUAGGAAUGAAACUGUACAUGUGUUUCCAGGACUGACAUUGAUGGAUUUUAAAUAAUCUGGAAAACAAUUCAUUAAUCUAUUGUCAAAAUUAUUUAUCUUGGACCAGAAACUGGAUCCCAACUCUCAAGUGUUGUUUAUCUUGGACCAGAAACUGGAUCCAAAUUACCAAGUGCUGUUAAUCUUGGAUCUAACGUGAAAAUUUCAAGAUGACGACGAUGAUGUCAUACUCGUUUCCUGGUCCAUAUAGUACUAUCAACAUACUUGGGUUUUUUUUAUUCGACUUUUAAAAUUUUACAUGACAUUUUAUGUGUGUUGGUGUUUUUUGGAACCAGGAAAUGGAUCAAUAUACUUGGUAAUCAUAAAACAAAGCCUAAGGCUCAACCUGUUUGAGUACAAUCGACAAGAAAUAGGGCAUGCUUGUUCUUCGUCAAUUGUGCAUCAAUUGAUGGACUUUUAUGUAUAAUAUAAUGUCACAAUUCCAAGAUGGCGCCGAUGAUGUCAUGGUUGGUACCUGGGUCAUACUUCUUACGUGUAGUUGUAAGGUACGCAUCCUUGUGGGACCGUCUUGUGUAACUCUUUAACAAGAUGGCCUCAAAACUGUAUAAGCUUACAGCUCAUAGCUUCUGAAAGUCUAAAUGCAUAAAAAGCACAAAAAUUUUACUUCAAAGAACGACUUGUAUUUAUAAAUUUAUGAUAAUGUGUUCAUUUAUUAUUCUGUGUAUCAUUCAGUUCAUCUUCUACAUACUUAAUGAAUUAUAAUUUAUUCAUGUUAAAAUACAGUUGUGACAUCAUUUUUGAUGUUAAUACACCAUUAUUUCAAAUAUUGGUACAUCCAUAGGCGUACGGGGAAAUUUUUUACUGGGGGGGCGGUGGUGGUUGGUGCCCCAAAAAUGUAGUUAGGUUCUUAGUAUGUUACAUAAUAAUCAUAAUAUCUCUUUUGCGAUGAAUAAGUUCUUAAUUUCUAAAUAAAAAAGAAUUAAAUUUUAUUUACUUGUAAUAUACACAACUAAAAACAGUUGUUUAUGUAACUGUAAUUCGUGACUUACUGUACUCCAAACAAUAGAGGGUUCGAGUCUUAAGAUUUCUAUUUAAUUGCCUAACUAUAGACACUCUGAAUUUAAAUUCGCUGUUAAAUUGGACGCAUUCAAGAACACAAUAUUUUUUUAUACAACUUUUACAAAGUACAAUUGUGUGCCCAAAUUUUCCCAGCAUUUGGUGCCCAAAAUGGGGGGAUGGCCGCCCCCAGCCCCCCAGGCUCUUACGCCUAUGGGUACAGCCCAUAUAGCUGACAAUUUAUUCGUCUGUAUAUUAUUCAAUUCACUUCAUCUUUUACAUACUUAAUGAAUUAUAAUUUAUUCAUGGUAAAAUACAAUUAUGACAUCAUUUUUGAUGUUGAUAUACAUGUACCAUUAUUUUAAAUAUUGGUACAAGGCCUGUACUGCAGGCCAUAAUAUGGCUGACAAUGUAUACAUGUACAUAUGACAGGUGCCUUAUUUCAAUGCUUCCUGGACUGAUACAUUUAUUAGACAUUAUGAUUCUUGAUUCUACGUUUCCUCUGAAUAUUAUGGUCACAAUAUCACUAUGUAUUCUGAAUAUCAGUGAGAAAUUAUUGCAUUCAUUAAAGCGAGAAUUUCAUAUUUUCUAAGAAAGUCAAAACAUAAUUAUUUCUAUGUCUUUUGCUCAAUAGGUUGUCAACUCACUAUUAUACGAUCAUAGGUGUCAUUUUCACACUUAAAACUCAUUUACACCGGAAAUAAUAACACAAUUACCUCCCUUGUUUUUCUAUUCCCCAACAUGGAAUAGCUAUCUUUAAAUGUUUGAAUUUGAAAUGAUAUUUUUGCCAAUUUCUCAACUGGCAAUAGAAAAUUAUAGGAUUAGUAGGACUAUUCUUUAACAAGGUAGAACUGUUUAUAGAUACCAUCUAUUUUAAGGCUUUAUUUUAAUACUUUAUAAAAAUAUAACUUCAAAAUAUGAAAUUGUAACUUUAAAACUUUAAAUAAACUUAGUUUUGACAUGUCAUUCACAUGAGAUGGAUCCUGUGUCAUGUUAUUAUAAAUUUAUGUCAGCUUGGUUCUUUGUGUAUAUAUUGUUACAAAGUUUUUAACAAUUAGAUCUAAUUUUAUCAAUCGAUUUCCUUUUGUUAAAUUCUAGUAAUUUUUCACGUGUUUUAAAUUGUAGUACAGCAUCAUGCUGGCUGAAGGGUUAACCCAGAAAUUAGACAGGAGGGGUUAUUUGAAAAUGGCCAACCUGCAGAAAAAUUACUAAAAUAAUUUAUAAGGUUGGAAUAAUUUGAUGUUAUGUCAGUUAUUUUCUUUACUGCUUUAGGAUUGACUUGAAAUAGGUUAGAUAUCAACAUUCUAUAUUGGUCAUACUUUAAUGGUCUAAAACGGUGUACAGACAGGCUCUAAAUGGCAAUCACACACUGGGGACCAACUCUCCACACCAGUAGAUGAUUCAUGAUUUGUUGCUAAUCACAUACAUUAGAAUACAACAUUCUCCAUAACAAAUUACCAAGAAUUAUUUUUGUUGAAAUCGGGUUAUAUUAAAGGGAAUGGGAGCUUGAUUAACCUUCGACUACAUUAGCCCAGUCGGAGCAGAACAGUAGGACAUUAAAGAUUUUUGUUGGCUCUGCUCAAAGGUUUUUAAUUCUCAUUUUGAAUAAAUAAAUUGUUGACGGGACCCACAAGUAGUUAUCUUCUUUAUUAAGGCUCCGAAGAACUGAAAAUUAAUUUGGUUUCCCCUAAACCCAAUCUGAUUAAAACACAAAUCCUAUUUCGUUUCAUUUUUUAUUUCAAAAUUUCAUUUUGCUUCUCUUCACUACACUAGGAUCUGCAAGAGUUGUUAUAUAACCCGCGUUCUGGUUGAUGUGAGAAAUUAGCCAAUGAAACGGUCUGUUGCAGUGAGUUCUUGCUGUGCAAUGCACAGAACUGUGGGUAUCUUGCUAGAAACAUUAACAGUAUUUAGUUAAUCAAUUAAUGUCUGAUGUCAUAGGGUCACAUGUCGCUUGUAUGACCUCCCACUACAAAUGGUCAGAUUUUCAUGUAGUGUAGGCCGUCGAAAGUAUAAAAAAAACGAAACGAAAUAUAGAUCUGUAUUUGACUCUGAUUGCCCAUAACCCAUGUGUAAAUAUUGUUAAUACAGUUUAUUUUAGCAUUUUCUUCAAUAUUUCUACUGUAAAAGUUUUUCUAAAUGACUGUCAUCAUGUUGGUAACAUUCAUUUUGUCAAUAAAUAUAACAUAACAAU